AUGUCGAAGGCUACUAAGAAGAAAUAUGUGCGACAAGAAUUACUGACUGGUGAUGUUUCCCUAGCGGAGUCACAACAGAUCGUUAAGAUUGUAGCUAGUAGAGGUAACAAUUUACAUGAGGUGGUUACAGCAUCUGGUGAAACCUUUUUAAGCAGUAUGCCAUCCAAAUUUCGCCGGGUGAUUUGGAUUAAACGAGGCGAUUACGUAAUUGUAGAUCCAAUUGAGGAAGGCAAUAAAGUUAGAGCUGAAAUUUCAUCGGUGCUUAAUGCAGAUCAAAUUAAAAGUCUUAAAGAGGAAAACUUGUGGCCUGAAGAAUUCGUUACGAAUAAUGCAUCUAUGCAUCGCGAGAACAGCGCUAAGACACAUGAAGAUUUAGAUGAAGAUUUAGAUAAAGAUGCAUCAGAAAGCGCAUCAGACGACGAUUUAUUUGUCAAUACUAAUCGAAUAGUUGAUGAGGAUGAUUACGAUUCAUCAUCUAGCUGA